GUGAAAGUAAUCGCAUACAUCGCGAACCGGGCAUUUCGUAUAAAAACGCCGACCGAUCGGGCUGAUGGCACACUCGAUCCAAAACUACCACGAGAUACAAUGAAGUUCUUCGCGAUUCUUCUGUUGGCAACCGCCGUGUUAGCGGCCGAGAAGAAGGAAGACCCGAAGAAACACGACAAACGGAGUCUAGGUCAUCAUCUCGGUUAUGGUCUAGAUGGUAUCUCGUCCUACGGCUUAGGCGGUAUCUCGACCUACGGUCUAAGCGGUAUCCCGAGCUACGGUCUCGGCACUCAUGGCUACGGCCUGAGAUACGGUCUGGGAAGCUAUGGUCUGGGAGGCUAUGGUCUGGGAGGCUAUGGUCUGGGAGGCUAUGGUCUGGGAGGAUACACGACUGGACUCGGCAGCGGAAGGAUAAUCGGGUCGGGACUCUCAGGAGUCGCCCUGGGAAAUAACCUGGCUUCCGCCUAUGCUACCGGAUUGGGAUACGGAGCUGGCUAUGGAGGUUACUACACUGGCGGCCCUGUCGUCGUUGGUGGUCACACCACUGGACUCGGCGUGUUGCCCGUAGGACACGCUAAAACCGAGCGCAUCACCGGCCUCACCGUACACCGCGAGGUCCAAGUGCCGGUCCCGGUGCCACAGCCAGUCCCCGUUGAAGUGACCAAGCACGUGCCUGUCCCGCACCCCGUACCCGUCAAGGUAGACCGUCCUUAUGCAGUCCCAGUGGCGCAACCAGUACCUGUCCCAAUCACUCGUCACGUGCCCGUAAAGGUCGACCGUCCUUAUCCAGUUCCGGUAGCGCAACCCGUCGAGGUACGCGUGCCACAUCCAGUAGCAGUUCCGGUAUCACACCCAGUCCCCGUUCCAGUCUCCGUCACAAGACACGUUCCAGUCUCCGUGCCAUCCGUUAACGUCGUGCCAUCGACCGUCGACGUCGUGCCGUCGACCGUCGGUGUUGUAUCGUCGCAUGUUGGCGUCGUCCCGUCCCAUGUUGGCUUCGCGUCUGGACUUGCAUCCGGCCACGAAUACGUCGGUCUAGGAUCCAGCCUGGGAACAGUCUCGGGUGCGGCUUUGGGCACCACCGGUUUUAGCAGCGGCUUGGUGGAUGGCGGCAUCAUCUCAAGCGGUGUGGAACACGUUGGUCUCAACAGCGGCGUCGAGCACUAUGGUCUGGGAAGCUAUGGUCUGGGAGGAUACACGACUGGACUCGGCAGCGGAAGGAUAAUCGGGUCGGGACUCCUGGCAAGUUCUAUCGUGCAGCCGACUUUGGGAACCACCGGAGCAGUAGUGGCCACUCACGACCCUCUUAUCAAUGGCGCCCACAUUCGUACGCACUUACAUUGAGGAAAUGGUAAACUCAAGCCGACAACUCGAUUGGACGUGUGUCUUUUGAAACGCUUCUUGAACGUGAUUCACGGACCGAACGUGCACAGUACCAAUUGCGUUAUGUAUGUUGUCGAAUAAAUUUAUAUUUUUUUACCGUA